AUGCUUUCCAAACGUAUUGUGGCUAUUCGCCCUUUAAGCUCUUCUACAGCAGCUUCUUUCCAGCACAAAAACCAAAUACUCAACAAAUUUAACCAACCACAGAAAGACCUUGAGACUCCUUUGGAGUUGGCAAAUCAAUCGACCCUUCCAAAGACCCAACCAAAGCUUCUCAAGAAGGAACCACGUCAACCAACAUCGAAAAACCCCUUCUUGUCAGAUCACAAGAUUGAAAAUGAUCCCAACUACAAAAUGUCUGGCUUGAUGCAAUCCAUAGGUCAACUGGUUAUUAAGAUUUUCUCAAUCGAUAUGGAUAAGACCAGAGCCGGACCAGUGGCAGGAUCUCUCUACUACGGAGAGUGCAAGAAGCAAGCAUUAUACUACCCAAACGAACCACUCUCUGACACCGCCAAAUUCUACUAUGAAACGUUGAACCUUCCAAGAUCCUUCAGUCAGUGGUUCCAGAUCACAAAUCUUCAUUACUGGAUCUUAUCUGUCAGAAUGAGAGCCAUGCCUUUCAAAUACGGAAAGAACUACCAACAAAAACUAGUCGACAGAUUUUUCAGAGAUAUGGAAUUGAGAAUGGCUCAAGAAUUGAAUAUCAGUUCCAACCGUAUCAUCGAGGGAUACCUUAAAGAUUACCAUACCCAAAUGUUAGGAUCGAUAGUCAGUUUCGAUGAAGGUUUAAUGACUGACGACAUAACAUUGGCCGGUGCUUUGUGGAGAAAUGUCUUCAAUGGUAACCCAGAUGUCGACAUGAGACACGUGGAAGCAUUAGUGGGCUACGUUAGAUCCCAACUUUACGUGUUGAACAAGAUGAGUGACCGUGAGUUUGGUUUUGGAAAGUUCAAAUUUGUUCCACCUAACGAAGUGGUCAAGCCAUUGACAAAGGCACAGGAAGAAGAAUUGAGAGCCAAGGUCAAGGCUGAAUUUGACUCGCACAAUUUGCCAUCCCAAAGGAGUGUUUUAUCAUUGGAUGAAUAA